AUGGCAACACUUAGAUCCCCCGUACGGGCUGUAAGCCAAACGGGACCGCUCGCGGCUACUGAGUUUGUUUCUUUACUGCGUGGGGUACUGGAGCAGGCUUAUGCUUUGAAGAAUAAACCGGUUGAGAUACCUAAACAGAUCGGUAUUGCUGUCUCUGGUGGGAUAGAUUCGAUGGCACUAGCGCAUUUGGCGCAUAAACUGUCGUCGUUUAAGAAUGAAUUCCAGGUCACUGAUUUCAGAGCUAUGAUUGUUGAUCAUGGGUUACGGAAGGAGAGUACCAAGGAAGCGGAGAGCGUGGUCGAGCAGGUGGAGAGGAUGGGCCUCCACGCCUCCCUCUUAACGAUCCCUAUUUCCGCAUUCUCUUCGUGUUCACAUUUAAAAGUGGAAGGAACGGCCCGGAUAGAACGAUAUCGUUUAUUCGCACGGACGUGUCAACAAUAUGGAAUAUCCCAUUUGAUAACGGGACAUCAUGCGAACGAUCAAGCCGAGACUGUGUUAAUGCGACUGGUGGGGGGCAGUGGAACCGCUGGGUUGGCGGGGAUAAGUCCUGUUGCGAAGUUACCGGAAUGUGAGGAUAUCUAUGGGGCAGAUGAUAUUGUGGUUUUGAGACCGUUUUUGGGGGUGUUCAAGAACCAACUAAGAAAAACUCUGACAACCGAAAAGAUAUCAUGGCACGAAGACCCUACGAACAAAAACGUCGGUUUAACUCCUCGAAAUGCAAUUCGUGCACUUCUUACCCUCCCUCCUCAUUCAAAACCAACUUCAAAACCCCAGUUCCUCCCGAAGGCUCUAACCACAACCUCCCUUCUAAACUUCUCCUCCUCCAUCGCAGCUUCGAAUGCAAAAACAAAGGAAUUAGUAGACUGGUACCUCUCCCGUUGCGUCCUUCGCCACAUCCACGUUUCAAACGUAAUCGAGGCAUACAUCCCGCUAUACCUCCUCGGAAUGCCAUUAAAGCUACUAACCCGCGUUCUCGCCCACCUUGCUGCUGUAAUCUCGCCGAUGGAUAGAAUAGAUCUAGUACAAAUGUCCAGAGUGGCGAAGAAUAUACUCGAAACUACUGACCCACUAGGGAAAAGCUAUUCAUACGUCAACAAUGACAUCGAAAAUUGCGGAUCAUCAACGCCAAACGAAGAAGUAGGACGAACAGAGACGGAAAAAGAAGUCCAAAAGAGAAAAAAGAGGAAAGAUUUCAGACCUCAUGUCGGUAAUUUAGGUUACUACGGCGGCGUAAUCACUGAAAACAACAUUUUCUGGGAAGCAGUCUACUGCAAACCUGCCAAAAACCGAGAGGAGGGGGUCCUACUAACCUGUUACCGUCAACCAUACAUCCGAAAAUCCGCAAAAAGACAAACAGAUACUCCAGAAGUGAUGAUAGACCCAAACGAAGAUCCGAAUAAAUGGUACCUCUUCGACGGUCGUUUCUGGCUUCGAUAUUCAGGUGAUACGAAAGAUCACACAGAAGCCUUUUGGGCCCGUCUAAAAGAGGGGUAUACCGAUCGAGUGUUUAUUACGGGUACAAGAAAGGAGGUGAUGUACCGUCUUGAGAAUGAUGGUAUACAAUAUGAUGCAACCACGGAUUUGAGUGGGAAGCAGAUGUUGAGUAGGUUGAAGGUGAGGUUUAAAGGUGAAGCUCCUGGGAAGAGUAGGACUGUAUUACCGGUUUUAUGUGAAGAAGAGUUGAAACCGGUUAGACGGUGGAAAGUUCCGUAUAGGGUACUCGGGUUUCCAACUUUUGGGGUCGGAGGGGAUAUGAUGGGGGAGUGGGAGUGGAAGGUUAAGAAACAAUUGGUGGUUGGUGGGGUUGUUAUUGGGAAUAUUCCUGUUACUGUGGCUAGCGGGAAGACUUUUCCUUUGUGA